AAAAGCAAAGCAAGUAAUCUGCCCCAAAGCCUUCAGCAGGCAGAAUGGACCACAUACACCUAAUACUGGCAAUAACUACACUGUGUGCUUUUGUCUCCGGGGAGCCAAGUUUUUCACAGACUCCCAAGCGGUUGCAGAGAGAAGUGAAUGCCCCAGCCCCCAUCGAUUGCCAGCUGAGCUCUUGGGGCAGUUGGAGUCGGUGCGACCCUUGCACCAAACAUAGGUAUCGCUCUCGGAGUAUUGAGCGCUUUGGACAGUAUGGUGGGGCACCCUGUGUGAAUACCCUGGGUGACAUUCAGCGAUGUAUUCCUGAGGAGGACUGUAUGGAACCACCAGUUUUCUGUGGAAAUGAUUUUGAGUGUGAAUCAGGAAGAUGCAUUAAGGCCAGGUUGCUGUGUAACGGGGAUAAUGACUGUGGAGAUUACUCUGAUGAAACCUGCGAUGAUAAAGAUCCAAAGCCCCCCUGUCGUAACAUGGAAAUUGAACUGUCAGAAAUUGCAAGAACUGCGGGAGAUGGUCUGAACAUCCUGGGUAUGAAACCAAAAAGAAAUCCAUUUGACAAUGAAUAUUUUAAUGGCAUUUGCGAUAGGGUGCGUGAUGGCAAAACUUAUUUCAGAAAGCCAUGGAAUGUGGCAGCUCUUGUUUAUAAGACCAGGGCUGAUAAAUCUUUUACAACCGAAACAUAUCAUGACGCCAAAUCAGUGAUGUCAAAGAUCAUCGAAGGGCUCACAGUCAACGUAGAUGCGUCCUUGUCGCUCAAAAUCACCCCGACGGAGCAGAAAAACCUCACGGUAGGCGCUAGUGCGGGACUAGGAUAUUCCAAAAACAAGAGCGUCCAGAGACUCCGGCAGUACUCAGAAACCAAGGAUAAAACAUAUAUGCGAGUGUCAGGGACUGUGCAACUGGCAUCGUUUCAGAUGAGAACUCGGGGUGCCAUGCUUUCCCCUACCUUCAUCGAGGACAUCAAGAGUCUGCCCAGAGAUUAUGAUAAAGCAGAAUAUUUUUCCAUUUUGGAGAUGUACGGCACGCAUUAUACAGUUUCUGGCACAGUGGGAGGAAAAUACGACCUUGUCUAUGUGUUAGAUUCAAUCGUCAUGAAAUCUCUAGAUAUAACAACUGAAGAUGUGACUGACUGCCUGAAACUUAACGCAGGGGCGAAUAUAGGGGGAACUGAAAAUGGGGCAAAAGUCGAUGUAAAUCCAAACGUAAAAACCGACAUAUGUAACAAAGGUGGUGGUGAAACAGAAACAGAACCUAGAAGAACCCAAAAGCCUGUAAUUGAGAGCAUCAUCUCUUUUGUUGAUGGAGGAUCUGUAGAAUAUGUAACAGCUCUUGAAGAAAAACUCAAUAAGAAAGAACCUGUGGCUGAUGUUGAUGAUUACAUUCAGUGGGCUUCAUCUUUAAAAGAUUCUCCUACAGUGAUAAACAGCAAAUCCAAUCCUAUUAUUUCUCUUAUUCCCACCGACAUAAAAGAUGCCUACAUAAAGACACGGAAUCUGGAAAGAGCCAUUGAAGAAUACCUUGACGAGCACAGUGUCUGCAAGUGCCAACCUUGUCAAAAUGGAGGGAAGGUCAUGGUGAUUGAUGGAGAGUGUAUUUGUAAAUGCACCCUACAUUAUGAAGGCGUGGCGUGCCAGAAUAUAAAAUCUGAUUUGUUUUCAACGCCAAAACAACCCAUUGAUGGUGGAUGGGGAUGCUGGACCAUCUCAUCUAAUUGCGUUGAUGGAGAAAUGAUUGCGACCCGCAAAUGCGACAACCCUGUUCCACAAGAGGGUGGAAAACCAUGUCACGGGCAACAGACCAAAAAAAUCCCAUGUGAAAAAUAAGAAAGAAGAGCUAUAACUGGUCCCCCAUUACCCCAAUGAACUUUAAUAGGGGCAGAUAAAGAAUCACAAAUAACAUUCGGAAUCUGUCCUACCCCAGUGACGGUGUGUGAUACAUCAUUCUGAACAUAGGGUUCCCACUUGUUGCCUUUGAGACAAGAAUUUCAUUACAAAUAAAGAAAGACAAAAAUA